GUGGCGAAAGAGCAGACAGACUGAGUUGUGUCAGCACAGCAGCAGCUCCGGCAACACGGGAAUAAAUUGGGAUACAUUUUGGCUGUUAUAUCAUUCCAUUACGGGAAUAGUUUAAUUUUCCUCUCAGAAGAUAUGAGACGAGUUGUACGACAGAGCAAAUUUCGUCACGUCUUUGGCCAGGCGGUGAAGAAUGACCAGUGCUACGAUGAUAUCCGCGUGUCAAGGGUCACAUGGGACAGCGCCUUCUGUGCAGUCAACCCCAAAUUUGUUGCCAUAAUUAUUGAGGCCAGUGGUGGUGGAGCUUUCCUUGUUCUUCCUCUUCACAAGACUGGACGCAUUGACAAAGCCUACCCCACAGUGUGUGGACACACAGGCCCAGUUUUAGACAUUGACUGGUGCCCUCACAAUGAUCAGGUCAUUGCCAGUGGCUCGGAGGACUGCACAGUGAUGGUGUGGCAGAUUCCUGAAAAUGGCCUUGUGUCUUCAAUGUCUGAGCCAGUAGUGGUACUGGAGGGCCACUCCAAGCGAGUGGGUAUCAUCACAUGGCACCCGACAGCACGCAAUGUGCUUCUCAGUGCAGGUUGUGACAACCAGAUCAUCAUAUGGAACGUGGGCACCGGUGAGGCCAUGAUCACCCUGGAGGACAUGCACCCUGAUGUCAUUUACAAUGUGUGCUGGAACCGCAACGGGAGCCUUAUCUGCACCGCCUGCAAAGACAAGUCUGUCCGUGUCAUCGACCCCCGCAAGGAGACUCUUAUUUCUGAGAGGGAGAAGGCACAUGAGGGCGCUCGGCCCAUGCGAGCCAUUUUCCUGUCUGAUGGGAACAUCCUCACCACAGGUUUCAGUCGCAUGAGUGAGAGACAACUAGCUCUGUGGAACACGGCAAAUAUGGAAGAGCCCAUGACUGUGAAUGAGAUGGACACCAGCAAUGGUGUGCUUUUACCCUUCUAUGACCCAGACACCAAUGUUGUUUACCUUUGUGGAAAGGGUGAUAGCAGCAUCCGCUACUUUGAAAUCACAGAGGAGGCUCCAUAUGUUCACUUUCUCAACACUUUCGCCACAAAGGAGCCCCAGAGAGGCAUGGGCUACAUGCCAAAGAGGGGUCUUGAUGUCAAUAAGUGCGAAAUAGCUCGGUUUUUUAAACUGCAUGAACGGAAGUGUGAGCCUGUUGUGAUGACCGUACCUAGAAAGUCGGACCUGUUCCAGGACGAUUUGUACCCAGACACAGCUGGGCCGGACCCUGCCCUGGAAGCAGAGGAUUGGUUCGACGGCAAGAACGGAGAACCCAUCCUCAUCUCCCUCAAGAAUGGCUACGUCCCGGGCAAGAACCGUGACCUCAAGGUGGUCAAAAAGAACAUUUUGGACAACAAGGCAUCCAAGAACACAGAGAACUCAACUCCUGCCAACAAGUCUGCUUCCCCAGCUCCAUCGAUUAAAUCUGAAGCCAAGCUGGAGGAGAUCUUGAAAGAAAUCAAAUCCCUCAAGGACCUGGUGAGCAGUCAGGAGAAGCGAAUCAUCAAACUUGAAGAGCAGAUGUCCAAAAUUGCCAUUUAAGGACCCCUUUACCCAACCCACUACAAUUCAGGACGUUCUAUUGGCUGGGCGGUGGGCAGGACCUGUCACUGCUUCUCUCUAUGACAGUGUUUCCUCUGAGGCCUGCCAGCAACGACCCCCAGCAACAUUCCAGAUGAACGUUUUCUUAGCCAGCCCCUUACCCGCAAUUUAACACAGGUGGAAUAAGAAGGAUGAGUUGCAAAUUUAGAGGAAAAUAUUCUUGUUUUUCAGUGACAAAGGACUCUAUUCCUUUUAUUCUGUGGCAGUCAUUUUUAGUGUGUAUUUGUAUAAAAAGCUCUUACUUUAUUAUUUUCAUUUCAGUAAUAUGUCCAAGAAAAUUCCAGUGUCAACUCUCUCCCUUUACUAUUGUACACUCAAAUAUUUUUGGUAGAUGUCAGUAUUUCAUCUUCUGACAACCCCCCCCAAAGUCUCCCAAAAGGACAUUGCCAUGUUUAUAAUUUGUGUUGAAACCUCCUAACAGUAUGUUUCUAUUGAGUGCAAACAUUCUAUGCCAGAGCUGUAGACUGCAAAGAAAAUGGGGAUUUCAUCAAAAAUUCAGUAUGAAUUUAAAAUAAAAUCAUCUGGAAAUUUAUGAUUAGUAAAUUAACAUUAUAAACAAUGUAAUUACUCAAAUAAAUUCUGUUGUAAGGCACAUUUAUCUGCAACAGUUCACAUUAAGCACUCUGACUGGCCAUAAAAGACAAGUCCUUCUCUUUGUCAAAGCUGCACAAAUCAGCAGCAGAUUUCACUCUUUCUUUUCUUCAUCAUCUUCUUCCUUUUUGUUUUCUUUCCUGUUGCUUCCUGUCUGUCUGACAUGCUCUGCUGACAGUGGACACAAUAUUCCAUAUAAACAUGCAUUCCUUUCAGUCUUUCUAUAUUAACGUGCUGUAUGAAAAAAUGACACAUUCCACAGACCUUAUUGGCAGUUUGUAAUGUUGGGGAAAAUCCAAUGCUCUACUGUAGUGACACAGUUGCACUGGUUGGUUUUCUUUGUGAUGUUUUUGUGCUGCCCAUGGAAAAAGUAAGUCUUUUUGCAGAGGACAUCUGCUCCCUCUGCUUUGUUUUUGUAAGAGGUUUCAUCACCAGCCUCACUGUUAUCCACAGGGUUUCUCAAUACAUUUGUAGUCAAGUCUAGUGGGAUUAUUUUCUGUCUCUUCCGUUAUAACCCAACCUCUGAUUUGGUUUAUCUGUCCAAACAAAUUAGGAAUUGAUCUGAAAUGACACCAAGUAAUCACACAUCGAUUUGACUAUUUGAAACCAUCAGGUGAUUAAACUGGAGUUUGCUACAGAAGCUGUUUAUGACUGAUCUUAAAGGCCUGGAGUAUGUAAUUAUGUGCCUCAUGUCUUUGGCCUUUUAAGUCGUGGUCAUUAUGGAGUAUUCUGCUUUAUUUCUAAUGGGGGGUUAAUGAAAUCAACUGGCAGUAGAAUGUUCUAGACCUAUCUUGGAUGAAUUGAAUAGUUGGGUUAUUUGUACUUAAUCUUUCCUUAAUUUUAACCUUUUUUUCUUGUUCCAGCUGUGCUUAUAUCCCUCUUAGCACUUCCACUACUUGGUUUUUUGUAAUGGUUAUUUCGGAAAUGUUCCCUGUUUAGUCUAGCUAUGGAACCAUUGAACUGUCCAAUCUGAGCUGUUUUGCUGGAUCAGCCAGCUCUUUUCUUCCCCCCCUCAUGUUUUAGAUUUGUUUCCCAGUGGGAAGCUGAGACGGGUAAUGGUUCAGUCUGUUGUUUGCCUUCAAUUCUUGUUACCACUGUUAAGACCUGAAAGUGCCAUAGAGAUGACCAUGGAAGUGUUUUAGGGGACUGUUGUGUGAGUAGAUUUAUGUAGAAAAUGGAAGAUUUGUUAGGUGCCCAGAUUGAAAACCACUUUGAGGUGCUAUACCUGGUACAAACGCUGUAUUCAGUGGACUCUUUACGUCCUUUAGUCCUGCCAGCCCAUCAUGAUCAGGGUUUGUCAGAAGCAUUGCGCGCCUGACAUUAUAAAACUUUGCACCACGGUACGGGUAUUAUAAACUGAUGUCAAACCAAGAAGCGCAGUCAUCAUGGCUUUGACAUGCAAUCCUCAAUUUGAGGAGCUAGUCAUUUCAAAUAGUGGAAGGAAAUCUACAGAGUGCUACAGAAAUGUGGGUCUGUCUUAUAUUCUACUGCCCCGUCGUAUCUAUCAGACUGCCACUCUAUAGAUUAAUUUUAGUACUGUCGGCACAAGAGCUAAGUUUUGAGGAGUAGUGAAUAACGAUCCAAAGGGACACUGUAGGUCGGAGAAGCGUGCAGUUGAAAGGAUAGAUGUAUGUUUGUAAUUAAGGUCUAGACAAAUGAGUGAAAGCUGUGUAAAUAACAUGACCAUAUUUUCUGUAAUGUUUUUUUGUUUUGUUUUGUGGUUGUGCUGAAGAGGGUAUCUGUAUGGGAGGUGGGUUUUAAAUGUUUCCCCUUGUCUGUGUUCCCUGCACCUUGCCAUAAUGCGUCAUGAGAAAAGCAGAACCUUAUAUUAGAGGUCGUAUGAUUAUCACAAGAAAGUAAAUCUGACAAAAACAAACCAGGAUGAAGCCUCGUGUGGAGGUCAGCUCUGCAUUUUUGUUCAUUACUCUUGCUUCAACUAUCAAACAUUGAUUAUAAGAAAAAUUAAUAAAGAAUUUUUAAAAUGGA